AAUAGUCUCACUGAGGAUUUCAGCAUCCAAAUCAACACAAUGAGGAACUUUCUUCUGAUCUUUCUCUCACUGAUGAUUACAGGCUGGGAGGCCUCAUCUGAUGUGAAGGGAUGCACAGACGGAUGGGUGGAAUUCACCUGCCAGCAUAAAACAAGUCAACAAUAUCACAAAGACAACCCCCCAAUCAUACGAAGCACUCAAAAGAAUGUGUGGCAGACCAAGGACAGAAUUUCUGUGUACCAUGAUACAGCAAAUAGAAAACUCAGGGUGGUCAUCAAACCACUUCAACAUGGGGACUCUGGGGAGUACAAGUGUAAAUGUAUAUUUGACCAAAGACCUGACUGUGAAGAAGUGUACUUGAACGUUGAUGACGGCUGCCAGACACCAUUGAUUCAAACUGCGUACAGAACAGCUAAAACCACCAUCUCAUGUGACAAAAGAAACUCCAGAGUCAUGUUUUUCUGCAAAGACAACGGUAUAAUCUGUGAGAAUAUUUUAUCACCAAAAUCUUCUCCGAAGUCAAACGGGUCCUUCACUCUCACAGAGACCAGCAGUAGCUUCACCAUGUCCAUCAGUAAUGUGUCCUCACAGCAUGCUGCUGUCUACUGGUGUGGAGUGGAAACAGAUAAUGGACGUAACAGAGCUGGACUCAGAAAAAUACAACUAAAGGUUGAUGAUAAUAUUAAGAUAUUCACUAGGUCUCCAACAGUUGGAGAGAAUCUCACAUACUGGUGUGGAUAUCCAAGGAGUACUUGGAUAAAAAAAUUCAUCUGUAAAGGAGAAGAUCCAUCUACAUGUAAACAGAUAGUAAGCACUGCACAGAGCAAUGCUGGAAAAUUUUCUAUGAUGGAUGACAAAGUGAAAAAUAUCACCAUAACAGUGAGAAACAUAACAACAGAAGACUCUGGGACAUACUGGUGUGGAGCAGAAAGAAAUUACCCAAAACAGAGCAACCCAUUCUUCCACAGGUUCAUGAUGACUGUCGUGACAGCAAAAAAAACACCAACACCACCCACAUUUACUGUUUCAUCUCAGUCAACUCCAACAACUACUGCAUCUGCUUGGAGACAUGGCGGCCCUGGGAGGAUCAUCACUGUGACUUUCUGUGUAUCUGUGGUGGUGCUGCUGCUGCUGUUUGUGCUCAUUUUGAUUCUUAUCUACAAACGUAAGAGUUAUUACUGGUUCACGGAACACCAGACACACGCAUAUGGUACACCCAAAACCACAUGGACGACAUCUCCAUCCUGUAUGGAUGUGAUGUGUAGAAAAGCCAAAGCAGACAAAUACAAGACUAGAGACGUUCAAAAAACAGAAGAAAUGCAGCAGCAGCAGCAGCACAUCAAAGAGGAAUAUAUCUACGAGGAGAUACAGGAGCACCCCCAUCACCCAGACUCAGGAAAUGCACCCAACACGAUUUAUGCCACUGCCAACUUUCCCACAACCCCCUCUGCCUCGCUGCAUUACUCGACCGUCAUCUUUACAAACUGCUCAGACAAAGCUGGAGCUGAGACACUGCUCACCAAACCCAGCUCCUCUGCCUGUGAAUAUUCAACUGUGAAAAAAAGCCAAAGUCAAACCUCCUCUAGUGUCAACCAGCCUUCUUCAGAGGAUCCUCUCUACUCAACAGUCAACAAGUCACGGGAGCAAUGA